UCCCCGCGGGCCCGCGGAGUUGGCGGCGCUGCCCGGAGUUGUCCCGGGGCCGCGGGAUGGCGGGCGCCGCCCACUGCUCGCUGCAGGCCAAGCGCCUGCUGCUGGACCCCAAGUUCGAGGGGUACAAGCUGUCGCUGGAGCCGCUGGCCUGCUACCAGCUGGGGCUGGACGCGGCUGUAGCAGAAGUGCAGCUUCGUGAUGAUCAAUAUACCCUUGACCACAUGCGUGCUUUUGGCAUGUAUAAUUAUCUUCACCUUGAUUCCUGGUACCAGGAUAAUGUCUACUAUGUUGAUCAGUUUGGAAGGGUUAUGAACCUAUCAGUGACUCUGGACACUGCUCUGCAAAAACCAAGAGAAGUUUUCAGGCUACCAACAGACUUGACUGCAUGUGAUAAUCGCCUUUGUGCCUCAAUGCAUUUCUCAUCCUCCACGUGGGUUACCCUUUCUGAUGGUACAGGAAGACUGUAUUUAAUUAAAUCAGGCAAGCGUGGAAGCAGUGCAACUGAAAAGUGGGAGAUUGUGUUUAAUGAAGAACUAGGAAGUCCAUUUAUUGUAGCACACAGUGUUUCAUUUGUAAAAUCUGAUGCACAUUCAGUAGCUGUGCUGCUGCUUAGGGUAGAAAAAGAUGAACUAGACACAAAAGGAAGUGGAUUUCAUGUUACUUUGGAAUGGGUUACAAUUGCAAAAGGAAAAGAGGGUGAUCAUAGAUAUGAAAUCAUUAAAAGGAGAGUUUUGCAAGGAAAAUCAGUCCCCCAUUAUGCAGCAAUAGAGCCAAGUGGGGAUGGUCUAAUGAUUGUUUCCCACAAACCAUUCACAUCUAUGCAAAGUGAAAGUGAUGAAUUAGAAGAAAAUGAUGAAGCAAAUGUAUCAAAUGAAAAGAAAGACCCUCUCUACUACUGGCAGCAGACGGAAGAUGAUGUGACCAUAACAGUUCACCUGCCUCAAGACAUCACGAGAGAUGACAUAAAAAUACAUUUUUCCCCUGAUAAUAUAUGUGUUACACUGAAAGACCAGCCUCCUUUGAUGGAAGGGAAGCUCCAUUCAUCUGUGGACCACGAAAGCUGCACAUGGAUAAUUAAAGAGGACAAAAGUUUGGAAAUCUCUCUGAUUAAGAAAAAUGAGGGAUGCCGGUGGACAGAGCUAAUUGUUGGUGACACAAGAGGGGAAUUCAUUAUGGACCCCUCCCAGUGCUCUGAAAUAGCUGAAAGCCUGAUGCAUCUUACCUCUGAAGUAAUGAAUCCAAACCCUGAAAAAGAAAACCCACCUUGUAAUGCUCAAGAGUUAGAAGAAUGCGAUGCUUUUCUUGAAGAUGGUGCAAGCUUGAGCAGAUUUGAUGGUGAUACCUUGAAAGUCACUCAUAUAAUUAAUCUUGGAAGCAACCAGUAUCUUUUCUCUGUUGUUGUGAAUCCCAAAGAAAUGCCAUGCUUCUGCCUGAGGCAUGAUGUUGAUGCUCUUCUCUGGCAGCCUCACUCUGACCAGCCAGAGAAUAUGUGGGAACACAUUGCAACUUUUAAUGCUUUAGGUUAUGUCCAAGCAUCAAAGCAAGACAAGAAGUUCAUGGCUUGUGCUCCAGAUUACUCCUAUGCUGCUCUUUGUGAGUGCAUGCGAAGAGUUUUCAUCUAUCGCCAGCCGACUCCUCUGGCCACAGUUCUCUACAACAGGAAGGAAGGAAGACAAGUAGGACAGGUUGCUAAGCAGCUGGUAGCAACCCUGGAAGCCAAUGAUCCUAUCUUAGGCUUUCAAGCUACGAGUGAGAGAUUAUUUGUCCUCACAACAAAAACCUUGUUUUUAAUAAAGGUGAACUCUGGAAAUUAAUUAUUCAGUGUGCUCUGCUGUAAUUUGUGUUAACAAUUUGUUACAGAAGUGAAUAGGUUGAUGAUCUGACAAGUUCAGUACAAUUUGCUGAAAAUCAAAAAGGGGAUGUUUUACAGGGGAAUCAAAUUUCCUCAUUAGAAUUUUUCUGUAAGAAAGUGCAUUUUUUGACUUUGCUGCCAUGGAAGUAAACUUUUUCAGAGCUAUGGGAAAAUGUCUUCUGCAUUAACAUCUUUGUCAAAGUCAGAUGCUGCUAUUGCAUAGGUGAAUAAAUUUAUGCAUUGCUUUUUCCAAGUGACUUUAUUUGCUACUUCUGAGUUUUGAGUAUUCAGUACUGUUUUUAAAUGCCACUGUUUACCUAUGAAAAAAGUAGUCAGAUAAACAGUUACAAGUAUAUGAUAUGCCAAGUAGAAUGUAUCAUAAAGAAAAAAAAUCUCCAGUUCAAAUAUGGUUGACCAAAAAUAUGAUUUGAUAUUUUGACAUUCAGCAGUUUUGAGUGAAAUAUGAGUGAAAUGAAUGGGGUAUUAUGUUUCUUAUACAGGUAAUAAAAUGGAGCCAUUUUACUUUAUGUGCAUAUUUUACAUUAUUGGUUUGGGACUUGUUUAUACUUGCAGUAAAGUCUGUUCACAUUUCUAGAAUACGUUUUAGUAGCUUUAUCAAGAAGUAAAGUAAGGGUCAAUAUAUAGCUGGCAAUUAUAGAUCAAGUGCUGUUAGUUAAGGUCUUGUCGUACUCUCAGUUGUGCCAUUUUCAUUUGACUUCAUACUUCAUUUCAAGUGACCCAUUUACAAUGAGAAAAUGGCUGACAGAAAAAGCACUGGUAUCGCAAGCUGGGAUGGGACACUCAGAGGUGCUGCUUCUCCCUCAGAUGCCACUGUAAAUGCUGCAUUGUCACUUAACUGUUCUGUCUGUGAUGCCUAAGUCAAAAUGUGGUAUAUUUGCAAUGUAAGAGCACUCAGGCCAAUGAGGAUGCUUUGCUUUAACAAACUGCUAAGGUUAAUUGAGUUGAAUAGUUGUAUCUGAAGAUUUUUGUUUCCUAUUUUAAAUUGGCAUUGUCAAUACAUUUAAACCAAAGAGUCAGUUAUGACAGCUCCUUCCCUGGGUUGGGCAUUUUUCAUAGUUGGCUUACAAAUCCAUAGCAAAGGAUGCCUAAUGUGUUGUGUACUGACAGGAAAGCUGCUGUCAUCUGUGGUACCAAAGUGCACAGAGAGACACAAAUACAGGCACCCUUUUAGUUUGCAUCUUCCUACCAAUGUUAUUUCAGAACUCUGUAAGAAUCUAUUGAGAGAAGAGUAAGUAUUUCUCCAGUUGUGAUUGUGAUUGACUCCUGUAAAUUCUCCAGAUUUGUAUCAGUGAACUGAUUAAAUAACAAGAGGGAGACAGGCAAGCAGCUGUGGCUUGCAAAAAUCAUCCAAAUGCAGAAGCUUUUCAAGGAACCUGAUUUUCCUUCUUCUCACAGCAAGAUUAUAUUCUAUAUCCAAUAUUGAAAAGCUUUUCUUUACUAUUAUUUGCGUGAGUUAAAACAGACUGGAUUUGUAAAUAUCUUUUCAUUCUGUCCUUUUACAACUAUCUUGAAAAUGCUUUUUGGAAAGGCUCAGUGAAUGUAUUACCAUUGCAUGACUGUUUUGCAUCUAAAUUUUAUUUGUUGUCCAAUAAUACCCAUCAAAGUGGUAGAAUUCCUGCAGAGGUCCUAUAGAAAAAAAAAAAUAGGUAACUUGCUUGAAGAUGUAUAUGAAUAUGUAUAUGAAACCUUAGUAACCUGAGGUUUAAUCUUUGGGGACACAGAAUUAACGUGAUACUUGGGAAACAGAGGAAUGAAAGAAUAAAAGAAUCAUAGUCAACA